CCAACCGAGUUAGAAUGAACGUGAGUUUCGACUUUACAAAAUUCUAGGUAAAUAUGUAAACAACUUUAGCGGACGCAACCGGCAUCGAUCUAUCGUGACACUAUCUAAGAAUGAAACAAAAAAUAGUUUUGCACUUUGCGCACACGUUUCGUCCUACCAGUUCGUUGAAACCCGCAUGAGGGAUGGCUGCGUCUUUUAAUCCCGGCGCCUCUGCACGGGCUCGAAUUACGGAUGAUGCAAUAUUUGAACAAUUGAUGGAUGGAAAUCUAUCGAAGAUUGAAGAUUUUAGCGACAAUGACUUGGAUUUUGAACUAAAUAAUCUGUUUGAUCAAUUGGAUUGCGAAGAUCUCUGCGAUGGUGAUAUUCCUAAUGAAGAUGAAGAAAUCAGUCAUCAAUUAUCACCAUUGAUAUGUUCACCAGUGAUACAGCCUCCGUCUACAUCGAUGCCGCAACCUUCUGCUUCAAUGACGCAACAUCCUUCUCCAACAACGACUCAAUCUCCAUUAACAAUGCAGUCGCCAUCCCCAUCAUUAUCGUCUACGUCUCGUCGUCCUUUACAUCGAUUAAGGUCAGUAAAUUUAUCCUCUGAACGUGCGAGAUCAACAACCAGUAUUCAGGAAAGAAGAACAGUGACGGCGUCACGUUCUCAAGGAAAAAGAUCGGCAUCAACACCAAGUAUUAGGAAAAGAAUAUGGAAGCAGGUUCCAUUUGUAGAUAAACUACACAACUAUCUUCCAUUGCCUACAAAACCAGUAAGGCGUCCCAUCGAGUACUUUCGUGACUACAUAGAUAACGAGUUCAUAGAAAGGAUAUGUGACUGUACUAACUUAUAUUACUUACGUUCUACAGGCCGUGAAUUGAAAAGUACAAGCAGUGAGAUCGCGAAGCUUAUUGCAAUACAAAUUAUCAUGGGAUGUGUUCCUUAUCCUCGACUGCCUAUGUAUUGGAGGGCUGGUACUAGGUUGGAAAUUAUCGGCGGUUUAAUGUCACGGGACAGGUUUUUUACCCUUCGUAACGCACUACACGUAGUUGAUUCAGAUUCACCACCUCCAACUGAAAUUGUUAAUCCACUAUGGAAGGUUCAACCCAUGAUCGAUCAAAUUAAACGUGCGUGUAAUAAAUUAGAAAGGGUGCCGGGAUUCUACUCUAUUGAUGAUCAGAUGAUACCAUUUACAGGCCGCUGUCAACUACGCCAGGUAGUGAAAAACAAACCUAGGCCUGUAGGGUUUAAAAACUUCGUCCUCACGACUAGUGAGGGAUUGAUGUUGGAUUUCGACAUAUACAGAGGUGCAAGGACGAUGUUUGGUGAUACGAAUCUUGGCCUUGGUCCUUCGGUAAUCCUACAUUUAUCUAAAAGUAUUCCUCCUGGUAGCUGUGUGUAUCACGAUAGAUAUUUCACCACAGUACCUUUAAUUGAAGAAAUGAACAAGUUAAAUCUGCAUUCUACCGGGACAAUAAUGUUAAAUCGUAUCCCUGACCGAGCUACGAUAAAAUUUAAAACGGACGUUCAAAUGACUCGUGGAGAAAGCCAACAAUUUGUUUGUGAACCUACUACAAUCGUAAAGUGGAAAGAUAAUAAAUCCGUGUUACUCGCAUCAAACUGUACUGGGUCCAGUGCAACUACUCUCGUAAAAAGGUGGGAUAAAGCUAUGAAACGGUACGUCGACGUAACUGCUCCAAAUAUAGUAAGAAAUUAUAACCAACACAUGGUAGGAGUAGAUGUACUGGAUCAACAAAUGGAGUAUUAUCGAACAUUUAUUAAAACCAAAAAAUGGACCCUAAAAUUAUUGACGCAUUUUUUUGACCUCGCGCUGGUAAACUCUUGGAGGCUGUAUAGAAUCGACUGCAACAGUAAUAAUUAUGCAAGGAAAGACACUAAGCCUUUACUGGAUUUUCGCUUGAAUGUGGCGGAUGCUUUAUCUUCUACACCAAGUAGAGCUCGAAGGCAUAGUGAAGAUGAAGAUGAAGAUCAGUCUGCAGCUCCGCGUCGAAAAUAUAAAAUAUAUAGACCAGCCAACAGACCGUCGGCAGAGAAACGAUAUGAUGGAUAUGAGCAUUUUCCAACCAGCGACGACAUAAAAGCGCCAAGGACCUGUAGGUUGGAAACUUGCAGCAGUCGUUCAAAAAUUAGGUGUUAAUAAUGCGACGUCUAUUUAUGUUUAUCUCGUGAUAAAAAUUGUUUUAAAGUAUAUCAUUUGUGUACACAAUAAUUAUGUUGAUCUCAUUGAUUAUAGUGACUAAAAAUUAAGAUUUUGUUGAUUAUGUAGAAGUAAUAUACAUAGUUUAUUUUUGUUGUAAUUUAAUAAAUUAAGAAGAUCUCAUUUGUAACACGUGAUUUUAUAAAUACUAAUACUGUUUUUUUGUAAUAAAGACUGAUUAAAGUUAUUAGAAAUCUAAAAUAUCCAUGUUUUAUUUUAAUUGAUAAUAUUUAUUUCAUUAAUUCGUGUUUAAUAAUUGAUUAAUUACAUAUACUCACGAUCGUGCGACUUGCAAAUUAUUCCUGAACCUCACGUAUGUGAGGGUCUGAUUGCUGAAGACCACCUUGCAAGAGAUUUUUUUCAGUAUUUUUUCCAGGGUCUCUGAACACUUUGCAAACUAUGACUAAGUUUUUACUGAUCUAUGUGAAUUUUUUUAUCCCCGGUUG